AUGCACCGGAAUAUUCUCCUUGUUUUGGCCGUGGCGACGGCGACGGUGGCGUCCCCGAACGUUGGGGUGUCGUACCGUUCAGGAUCCUCGGCCUCCAUCAUGAAUCUAAGAAACAAGAUAAAGACGGUGGUUAUCAUGGUUAUGGAGAACCGCUCGUUUGACAACUUGAUGGGAGGCCAGACCAUCCCCGGAUUGGAUAACCCCAUCCAGACAGGACCAUACUGCAAUCCCCUCAAUAUCAGUCUGCCUGACCAGGGCUCGGGUUGUGCCGAAGCCUGUGACUAUGACUCUAUUAUCAACGACCCAAACCACUCCCUUUCCGGAAACAACCUUCAAUUCUACGGAUCGUUUACUCCUGAUAACGAGGCGAUUGAGGCUGGCAAGCUACACCCUAACAUGAAGGGCUUCCUGACAGAGCAGCGCCGCCUCUACAGUGGAAAGGAGAAAGAAGAGGUACUGAAGAGGGAAGUGCUCAAUUAUUAUACUGAGAAGCAGAUCCCGGUUAUCACUAGCUUAAGUCGGAAUUAUGUUGUUUUCAACAACUGGCAUUCUGACAUCCCUGGCCCCACAAACCCCAACCGCGUGGCUCUGUGUUCUGGCACUUCCGCUGGCAAGGGUAAAAACGACUUUGGCUACAACACCAUGGAACAAAAGUCCAUCUUCCAGCAGGCAACUGAAUUGGGCCGGGAGUGGAAAGACUACCUGGUUGAUACGUCGAUACAAGACGCCCGAUGGUUUAAGUGGACGUAUGACAGCAAUAACACGAACCGGAUCGUCUUCAUGGACAGCUUCUACAAGGACGCUGCCAGCGGUAAACUCCCAGACUUGGCCUACAUCAACCCCUCGUGCUGUGGCUUGGGCACAAACUCAAUGCAUCCAGAAGGGCGCGUUUCAGACGGCGAGCAACUAAUCAAGGAUGUCUACGAGGCGCUGCGCGCAAGUCCGCAGUGGAACGAGAUUAUGUGGAUAAUCACGUUUGACGAAACGGGCGGUUUUCACGACCACGUCCACCCUCCUCAAGCUACGCGGCCGGAUAAUCUGACCUACACGGAGACUACGCCUACCGGUCAAGACUACACAUUCAAGUUCAAUCGUCUGGGUGGUCGUAUGCCAACCUGGCUUGUGUCUCCGUGGGUGUCAGCCUCGGUUGAGCAGAAGGGUCGCAACUCGGAUGGCGAUGCUGUCUCAUACCAUGCGACCUCAAUUCUGCGUACACUGGGCUAUCUUUGGGAUUUUGCACCUUAUAACCCCCGUGUUGAGAAGGCACCGUCUUUUGAUCAUCUUAUUGGCACGCACUUGCGCAAAAAUGCACCAUUGAGGAUGCCCAAAGUUGUCAACUCUACUACACAGACGGGACAGUAG